AAACGUUUACCAUAUUUGAUCCACAUUUAGUUGGGGUGAAAAACAAAAAAAUAAAACUAUUACUUAACAAACCCAUAUAUACCGGCAUGGCAAUAUUGGACAUUUCUAAGUUAUUCAUGUACCAAAUCCAUUAUGAUUUCAUCAAGAAACAAUACAAGGAAAAGGCAAAAUUAUUGAUGACUGACACCGAUUCUCUGUUUUACAGAUUUGAGGUCCAAGAUCUGUAUAAUGAGAUACAUCAACAUAUGGAUCUGUUCGAUACCUCAAACUACCCAAGAGAGCACUUCUUAUUUAGUGACAAAAACAAGAAGGUGGUUGGCAAAAUGAAAGAUGAAACAGCUGGAACUGUCGUGAGGGGAUUUGCGGGUCUACGACCAAAAAUGUAUUCCUUUGUCGUCAACGAUGGAAAAGAAGUUAAGAAAGCUAAAGGCGUUUCAAAAACCGUGGUUAGCAAAGAAAUCAUGUACAAACAAUAUGUCGACUGCCUUUCUAACGGUGAAUAUGAAAGACAUAAUAUGCGCUCUAUACGAAGUGACAACCAUAACUUGUAUCUAAAAUCCAUCCAUAAGGUAUCUCUCUCAUCAUUUGACGACAAACGAUAUUGGCUAGAACCAUGUGGAAUUGAGGGUUAUUCCUAUGGUCAUUAUAAAAUAAAUGAAUAAGUUUUCAUGUUUGUAUUCACAUAUUUAUUGCAAACAUUCUUGUUACAAUGUAUAUAAUGAAUUAAAGGUUUUACAAAUAAUGAUCUCUUUAAUUUAUUCACAAAGUGAGGUAUGGUCUAUAU